AUGUCAGACCAGACUAGUGGUAAGAGGAACAUCUCUUAUGAUUACUACUAUUCUAAGGUAGUGAUCAAACGAAUGGGGUACUUCAAAAAUGUGGUCGGUCUUUUGGCAGUGAUUUUGUCAAUUAGUUUAAGAGUCCUAUUUGGACAUUUUUGGUGGAAUCUAUUACUUACUAUAUUAAUAAGGGGCCCCUUACUAUUUCUUGGGUUCAUGACCCUUAAAAUAUCUAGAGACAAGUACACUACAGUUGAAUUCACACCAUUCAAGACCUUGGGUUCUCAAAUUUACUACUCAUUAUUAUCGAAGAAAUUCUUCAUAAUCGUACUAUGUUACUCGGUGUCUUCAUUAGUACUGUACCUGGUGUUCAUAUCGCAGCUAAGCUUUAAGUAUGAUUAUGCUGUGUUAUCAAAAGAAUAUGGACGCAAACCGAUUGUCAAUGACGAAUGGGUCCAUUACUGGUUUCAUGCUGUGUACAUAGCAUUCAUUUAUUCAGCACAGCACUUGACUUUCCAACGCAAUAGGCUUAAUUUUAGAUAUGGUAUAUCUAAGGUAAGACCAGAUGACUCUUUGAUGAAAAAACUUCCAAAUCUAUUAGGCAAUGCAAUAUUCUUGAAUUUAAUUGUCGGGCUCUCUAGCCCAAUUGUGUAUUGCAUAACAAGGCCAAUCAUUUAUAAAUUUAAUUGGCCAGCAUUGAUUGCAUGUGGAUUGGAUACUUCAAUUCCAAAGUUUUAUUUGUCCUUUAGAGUGUUGUUUCAAAUUUCAUUCGUGUCUUUCCAUGUUCUUCUAUCGUGGGAAAUACUUAACCAUGUAUACAACGUGUAUUCUACUAUUGGCUGCUUAGAUGGUAAGAAACCGAUUUCAACAUACAGCUCAGACCCUAUAAAUACAUUGCUAUCGGGAUUGAGAAGUACUGAACCGCAAUAUCAGAUAAGUCGCUUAGCUGCAUUUCAAGAAUUGGCUUAUAUUGCCUCCACAAAUGACCCAGAAGGGGUAAAGUUGCGGGUAGCCAUAUAUAGCGCUCAUUCUAAGUUCGGAUUCAUCUGGCCUGCAAUACUUGAUGAAUGUUCUUUAGUAAUUAAAGGUACUACCGCAAGAAUCAACUAUAGAUCCCCAUCUGACUUGAAGUACUUGCAACUGGAUACUGUGAGGUUAGAUGAUGGGUUAAUCAGUCCAUUACCAAAGGACAGUAGUACAGGUAGGGAUAUUUUCGGUAAUUCUAAUCUUAAUAAUGCCCAUAAGGAAGAUAAAAAAAAAUCGUCAAAAUAUGAUAUGAAAAAAUAUCCAGAGGCAUCGAAUGAAACUUCAAGUGAAGCACCCUUUAGACAGCUAUUCAAAUUUCUCGAGAAUAAUAUCUUAAAGUAUCUACCAAACAGCGUCUUUUCAUGGGUCUCGUCUAUUUUGAAAACUCCGAAAGGGUUUAUUUUAGAGCUUCAUCAUCUUGUUGAAAGAUUAGAAAAAGAUGGCAAUCAGUAUUACAAAAAAUUUCUAGAUAGCAAAUUUGGAAUCUUUUUUAGAAGGACUUUAAAGAGGGACACUGAAUCAAGAGUUUUGAAUCCAGUCAACUUUGGUAAUGCGGUAUUUGCGAUUUCAGAUUUGAUUAUUCAUUCGAUAGAAGAGGACAAAAAUUCAUGUGUGACAACUUUGCAUGUAAGCGAGGUCUUCAACUUAUUAGAAAAACCGAUUAGGGCUACAAAGAAUUACUCUGAUUAUCUUCCGAGCUCUGUUUAUUUGACACAAUCUCAAAGAACAUACAAACAACUAAAAUUGAAUCAUUUGGUGGUUCUUUUGCAUGACUUGGCAAUGAAUAAGUUUUUUCAAAUGUGUAUUGAAUUCAACUUCAAGUUGAAUGAUCUUUUACUAAAUGCAAGGACGUUCAAGCUAGCGAAAUGGGUUAUUGAUGUUGCAAUUGCACACCAACAACAACAAGGAAAAAUGGAAUAG